CCACAACACAAACACUCUCAAGUUCUUUCCGAAGAUUAUUACACUUUGAACAAUAACUAAAAUCGAUGGCGAAGUUGCUCAUCACUGUCCUCUUGGCUCUGGCCCUAGUCUCCGCUCUCUCUUGCAGCGCAAGAAACGUUCCCGGCGGCUUCUCUGACCAGAAAAACUUCGUGAGCUUCGGUGGCAUCGGUGGUGCUUCCGGCAUCGGAUCCAACGGUUUACCGUUUGGUGGAGUCGGAGGUAUCGGAGGCAUCACCGGACCUGGUGGGCUCGGCGGCGGACUCGGCGGACCUAGUGGGCUUGGUGGGCUCGGUGGGGUCGGUGGCUGUUGCGGAACCGGUGGUGGUGUGGGCGGUGGAGCCGGUGGAGGGAGUGGAACACUUCCUCUCCCUUGAGGGUUAUAUUAGGGUUAGGGUUUCCGUUACAAUACUUUGAGAUCCUGCUUUGGUAUAAUAAGAUUUUAGGGUUUGUGCGAGUGUGUCUAAACUUUCGUGUCUUGGAUUCGUGUGCUUUUAUUUCCAUGUCUUGUUUCGGAUGCUGUCGGUUACGUUUUCGUUCUAGUAUGUCUAUUUCGAGUGUUCACUUGUUUGAUUUUUCUGUUCCAACACAUGAUGCAAUAUGUAUGAGAUUUUAGUAUGACAUUGGUAA